AUGGUCCAACACUCCGACCCCCCAGGGCUUGACCCCGAGCCCUCUGAGCGCUCGCCCCUUCUUAGCAAGCCGGCCAACACCAACGGUCACGAUGUUUCAGUCUCAGCCGUCGAAGUAGCCGCGGCUGGACAUAUUGCUGGGAAUGGCACCAAUGGGUCAGUCCCAAAACCUACAACAACAGGGGGAGAUGAAGAGAGCCAGGAGCCAUCAGCCGAUGAGGCAGACGAAGCAGGUCGAGUGAGACAUGUAGCCAAGAUUAUUUCGGUACUGCUCAUCGGCAUCUUCGUGGCGCAUGCGGAUGGCUCGAUCAUGUUGGCUACCCACCCCAUCAUCGCGUCCGAGUUCAACGACUUGGAGAACUCGAGCUGGCUCAUCACCGGCUUUUCCCUCGCCGCAGCGGCUACGCAGGCCUUGUACGGCAAACUCAGUGACAUCUACGGCCGGAAGCGAUUGGUGCUUAUUGCCUAUGUUAUCUUCGUUAUUGGAUGUGCCAUUGUCGGAGCCGGACAAACCAUGUGGCAGGUCAUUCUCGGCCGUGUUAUUUCGGGGGCUGGAGGCGCAGGAAUGGCUGGGCUCGUCUCUAUCUUGAUAACAGACCUGCUUCCCAUCAGGGAAGUUGCUCAGUGGCGUGCCUAUGUUAACCUCGUUGCCACGUUUGGCCGUAGCAUUGGUGGCCCCUUGGGUGGAUGGCUUGUUGAUGUUGUCGGUUGGCGGUGGUCCUUCUACGGCCAAGUCCCCCCUCUCAUCCUCGCCAUCAUCCUCGUCUCAUUCUCCCUGCCCAACUCGACCGCACCCAAGAACGCCGAGUCUUCUCAGCCCGAGCCCGAGCCCGAGCCCGAGCCCCAAGACAAUGCAGCCAGCAACAAGAGCAAACUCCAGCGCGUAGAUUUCAAAGGCGCCAUCCUCUUCGCCCUCGUGAUUCUAACCCUGCUCUUGCCCAUCGAGCUGGGAGGUGUCAAGUUGCCCUGGUCGCACCCCGCGAUUUAUGCACUGUUUGCGUCGAGUGCUAUACUCUUGGUUCUGUUUAUUGCUGUCGAAAGGCGUCAGGCUGAACCCAUUUUGCCUUUGGAGAUCUUUCAUCGCCGGGACGCCGUGUUUUCUUUUGCCAUCAUCGGGUGUCAGACGGCUGCCCAGUUGGGGCUCAUGUUCUCGGUACCACUCUAUUUCCAAAUCACCGCGCGCGUAUCCAACACCGUCUCCGGCGCACACCUCGUUCCCGCAGUGGUCGGCAAUGCUUUAGGCGGCAUCAUUUCCGGUGUGCUCAUCAAAAGAUCCGGCCGCUACAAACCCCUCAUCCUCCUCGCCACAACCCUCUCCUCCCUCAGCUACCUCCUCCUCAUGCUCCGCUGGCACGGGCACACCAACCUCUUCGAAUCCCUGUACAUCUUCCCGGGCGGGUUCGGCACAGGCGUCGCGCAGUCGGCCGUCUUCGUCUCCCUGCAGGCUGUGAUUGCCCACCCGUCGCAUCUGGCGCCUGCUAUCUCGUUUAUGUAUCUGACUACGACGGUGGCCUUGACCAUUGGGUUGCCGUUGUCGGAUACUGUUAUGCGGGGUGUGUUGAGGAGGGGGUUGAGGGGGAGGUUGGUGGGUUUGGGCUUGGGGGGUGAGGAGGUUGGGAAGAUCAUCGAAAGCACCGUCUCCGACGUCGACUUCAUCGACCGCGUCUCCGGCAGCGUCCGCGAGGCGAUUGUAGCGUCCUAUGUUGACGGGUUGUGGUGGAGUCACGGUGUAUCGUUCAUCUUUUCUGCCACGGGGUUUGUGCUGGCUUUGUUUAUUCGUCAACGGCCGCUUGAUGGCCCGAGGGCGUAG